UUUCCUCUGUUCUCCAUUGUUGAACCUUCUAGAAAUGGCGAGCGAGUUGCCAGGUCCAGUAGCGAUGUCUGGAGGAGUGGCGAGCAGCCAGGUGAGAAUGGGAGGCGCCGUGUCUGGCCGCGGUGGGAAGAGGAGAUCCGGAGGGAUGGACUUCGAUGAUGAGGAUGGGGAGGGGCCCAGCAAGUUUUCAAGAGAGAAUCACAGUGAGAUCGAAAGACGUCGGCGUAACAAAAUGACCCAGUACAUCACCGAGCUGUCUGACAUGGUGCCCACCUGUAGCGCCCUUGCCCGCAAACCGGACAAGCUGACCAUCCUGCGAAUGGCCGUCUCUCACAUGAAGUCCAUGCGGGGCACAGGCAACACUUCUACUGACGGCGCCUAUAAGCCCUCCUUUCUCACCGAACAGGAGCUGAAGCACCUGAUCCUGGAAGCGGCCGACGGCUUCCUGUUUGUGGUGGCAGCAGAGACGGGCCGAGUCAUCUACGUGUCGGACUCUGUGACCCCGGUGCUGAACCACCCGCAGUCAGAGUGGCUUGGCAGCACCCUGUAUGAGCAGGUUCACCCCGACGACGUGGACAAGCUGAGGGAGCAGCUUAGCACCUCGGAGAACUCAAUGACAGGACGGAUUCUGGACCUGAAGACGGGAACAGUAAAGAAGGAAGGACAGCAGUCUUCCAUGAGGAUGUGCAUGGGCUCCCGGCGCUCCUUCAUCUGCCGCAUGAGAUGCGGCAGUGCACCCCUGGACCACAUCUCCCUAAAUCGCCUGUCCAACAUGAGGAAGAGAUACAGGAACGGCCUGGGACCGUCCAAGGAAGGAGAGGCUCAGUACUCUGUGGUGCAUUGCACUGGAUACAUCAAAGCAUGGCCCCCUGCAGGAAUGACCAUUCCAGAGGAGGACACAGAGGCGGGGCAAACAGGAAAGUACUGCCUGGUGGCCAUUGGCAGACUGCAGGUGACCAGCUCUCCCGUCUCCAUGGAUAUGAACGGCCUGUCGGUUCCUACAGAGUUCCUCUCCCGUCACAACUCGGACGGCGUCAUCACCUUUGUUGACCCUCGUUGCAUUAAUGUCAUCGGUUAUCAACCUCAGGAUCUCUUGGGAAAGGAUAUUCUGGAAUUCUGUCAUCCUGAGGACCAGAGUCACCUUAGAGAAAGCUUCCAACAGGUGGUGAAACUGAAGGGACAGGUGUUAUCUGUCAUGUAUCGCUUCCGCUUGAAAAACAGGGAGUGGAUGCUGAUCAGAACCAGCAGCUUCACCUUCCAGAACCCGUACUCUGAUGAAAUCGAGUACAUCAUCUGCACCAACACCAACGUCAAGCAGUUGCAGCAGCAGCAGGCAGAGUUAGAGGUUCACCAGAGAGACGGUCUCACAGCGUAUGAUCUCUCCCAGGUACCUGUGGCAGGAGUCAGCAGUGGCGUCCAUGAUGCUGGGAAAAGCAUUGAGAAGACAGAGACCCUGUUCUCCCAGGAGAGAGAUCCACGCUUUGCUGAGAUGUACACCAGCAUAUCUGGCUCGGGAGACAAGAAGAUGAUGGUUCCUUCCUCCACGGCGGGAGGACAGCCCCUCUACACCCAGAGCUCUCCUUUUCAGCAGGGCCACUCUGGAAAGAGCUUCAGUUCUUCGGUAAUUCAUGUUCCUGGUGUUAACGACAUCCAGUCCUCGGGAUCGUCCAAUCAGAACCUGGCUCAGAUCUCCAGACAGCUGAACCCAGGCCAGGUGGCAUGGUCAGGCAACCGGCCCCCGUUCACCGGACAGUCAGCUAAAGCCCAGUCCAGUCCUUUUGGUAUUGGGUCUGGCCACAACUACCAGACUGACCCAGCCUCCUACAGCCCGCUGUCAUCCCCCGCCACCUCCUCCCCCAGUGGGAAUGCUUAUUCAGGCCUGACCAACCGCAGCACAGCUUUUGAUGUUCCAGGAGAGGGAAGUCAGAGCGGAGGCCAGUUCCAGGGUCGGCCCAGUGAGGUGUGGUCUCAGUGGCAGAACCAGCAUCAUUCCCAGCAGUCUGGGGAACAGCACGCGCACGCCAAUCCCAGCCAGACGGAGGUCUUCCAGGACAUGCUGCCCAUGGCUGGAGACCCCACCCAGGGAACGGCCAACUACAACAUUGAGGAUUUUGCUGACCUCGGCAUGUUUCCUCCCUUCUCCGAGUAAAAGCUGCUUCUGCACAUUUCUCUUCGCAUCACAGAAGGACUCAUGUUUGCAUUUUGUUUUCAUGCUUCACCUCAUUUUUAUCUGAAGCUGAAUGAGCAGCACUUAGAGGAAAGAAUGUCUGAUCGGUUUGAUUGUCAUGCUCCCGUGUUGCUCCUGCUCUGCUCAGUGUGGAGAGGAAGGAAGUCUGACCUACAGACGGAUGCAGCCUCUCAUCUUCUACUGGAUGAUUUAACUGAUGGUUUAUCAGACACAACUGGAGACGUUCAAACAGUUGGCAUCAUGCAUCUUCUUCCUUAGAACAGAAAUCAGUAAUUUUAUGCUAAUUGCAGUUUCUCCUGUUUGCCAGCAGGUGGCAGCGCCUGUAAAAAAGACUUAAUUUACUGAAAUCAUUUAACUACACUAGAAAUACUCACUAUGUAAAUGUUUCAUACAACCUUGAAAUGUUUUUGUUUUAUCUUCUCUGAAACAGAAUCAUUUGUUUAUCACCACCUAAAAGGUUUCUGCUGUUUAUUGUAUGAUGAUGAUGAUGAUGAUGAUGAUGGCGGCACUUUUUUAACAACAGUUCAUUAUCCAGUAUCCAAACACACAUCAUGCUACCAUACGAUACAAUACAAUACACUACCAUACCAUACGGUACCAUAUGAUACGAUAACAACUUUCAACAUCAAUGCUGCUUUCAAACCAAAAGCUUUAUGAGUCAAAAACGCGAAGACACAGAAAUCUGGACGCAGGAUCAAACUGUGGCUCGGCUCUAGCUAAUCACAGUGUUAAAUAUCAGUAGAUCACAUAAGGAACUACCAAACUCUCUGCUUUUCAACUUUGAUUGAGCUGCAGGUUUGGCAGCUCCUGCUUUUACUGUGGCUCCGUGUCCCGUCUAUAUUCCUGCAGCCUAAUCAAACGUACCAUUUAUGGUCAGCCUAAAGCGCCUGGAAUGGGACAAGAUAGAUUCUGAUCUAUUUGUAAAAACAGCAAGGACUCAGUUUAGGAUUAGAACAGGUCUGGCUGCUGACCUGACACCUUGAAACUAAGCGGGGCGUAGCGUCAGUCUGCAUGGAUCAAAGCUCAGCUGCUGACUGACCUUACGUACCUGUCUGGAUGAAGCAAAGAGCAGCUGGUGGGAGUUCCCAGUUCCAAGCGGCUGCUGUUUGCUGACGGUGUGACGUCAGACGGCGAAUCGGAGGAUCUGUCCUUUACUCAUCGGAAAGCUUUUAAAACAUCCUGUGAGAAUCGAUCGACCACAAAUUAGACGUUCCUUUAAGUGAAUCACCUUUCCUUUGAGCUCAGUAAAUGUUUAUAAGGUGACUGCAGCAUCAGACCAACACUGAUCCCAGCAGAUAAAACCUUUCUUCCAUUCAGUGUCAUGUUAGCAGUAAGGGAAUCUUUAGGUGACAAUGGGAUCGUGUUCCUGAAGGAACUGCACACAUUGCAGUCUUUUGCUAAAGCUCUAAAAUUAUUUUUCCAAUAUUGGGAUUUCUACAUCAUCUUACUUUCUCUUUAGUCCAUUUUUUGUGCAAGUCUUGAUGAUAUUGUGUAUAAUGUGAGUGUGUAACUAUCAGUAUAUCGUUGCUUAGUUUGUUGUACACUGACUUCUAGAGCCGUUCAACUGUAAAUGUGACUCAUUAUUUUGUGUAACAAGUUGUGCUGUGAAAAUAAAUUCUUGCUUUGGUGGCUUC